ACUUUAGAAGCGACUAAAUUAGGGUCCCUUCAGAAACGUGAGGUAUAUUAUGUGAAUCCUGCAUAGGGGACAUGUACAUUGAAGCAUGAAACACUUGGAUUUUAUUUUAUUUCUCGGUUCCCGUCUCUUUCCUCUUCAGUGGUGGUUCGCCUAAUCACCCGACCUAGUGGCCUUAGCUGUUGUGUGGAUUUUUCCCCUUAACAAGUAACUCCGGGUGGAUAUCACUGAAGACUUCCCAGCACCAACAGUCAACAUGGAUUCUCGGGAAUGGUUAAUACCUUGUGUCAUCCUCUUGACAUGCAGCUGCAAAGUUUUUGCACAGUGUUCGGGGUCGGCCCGGGACAUCCCAAUUUCAACGACUUAUGAAAUAGGAACCUUGACGUACCCUGGCAGUGGCUCCUAUGCAGAAAACCUUGACUGUACCUGGAAUCUGAUUUCAUCCAGACCGGCCACUGAGGACAUUCUGAUGUUUAUUCAAAUAAGUCAAACAAGAAAUAACGACAUACUUUCCGUAUUCGAUGGUCCAUCCACAUCCCUGUUCGCAUCGAGUAUCACGGGGACGUCUGGCCAGAGCCUAACCUUGGUGGCCCUUUCCGGGACCGGCAAAAUUACUUUUGUAUCUGAUAAUGUUGCGGAUACCAAUCAGAAUGGUUUCACCAUCACGUAUAUGGCAGCAUCGUCUAGUGAUGGGGGAGGUUGCACUUCGUCAGCAAGUCUAACAGCCACGGAUACGAAACAAUACCUGACGAGUGAGAAUUUUCCUUCUAAGUAUUUGACAAACAGCAACUGUGCCUGGUUAAUCAGUGCCCAGGACAGCUGUGGGAGCCUCGUUUUGGAUUUCAUACUUCUCGACAUUGAAGCAGAAUGCAGUGCAGACAAAGUAGCUGUCACUUAUGACGGAGGAACUGCUAUCGAUCUUUGCCCUGAUAAUGACUGGAACUCCGUGUCAGAGUACAGCACCACCGGCUCCUCGGCCAGUAUAGCUCUAACUUCUGAUGGCAGUGAUGAACGACACGGAUUCGUGAUGUCAUACAUCAGAACAGGGUGUACAGUCACUACAACUACAGAACAAGCCACUAGCGUACAAGCAGAUCCCCCAUCCGCGAUUAACCAGGACAACGUUAACGCCGGUGCUAUAGCAGGAGGGGUAAUAGGUAGCGCAGCCCUUGUGCUUGGGAUAGCUGCGAUUGCCAAAGGCAUCAUCGGACACAAAGGUUUAAAAGUCGGCGGUGAAAGCUUUCCCAGUACGGCGAAAAAGGGAAAACCUAACGACCUAGAAAAUACCGGACAUGAUUCUCAUCCAGAUGAUGCCUAUGAAAAUGUACCUACGCACGUUGAAAAUAGAGCUGUCCCUACAGCUACGUAUUGAAUUAACUGAAAAUAAACUCAUGGUCAACAUGGUUGCUAAUCAUUGCAAGUCGGAUAUUCUGUUUCUCCCAUCCCGACAGUGAAGAAGCUUUCUUAUCUGUUUAGAAUAGUUCUCCUAUAAUGUGUUACGUGACGUCAUUAUUUCCAUUGUAUUGCAACAAAUGCACAGGCACCAACGUAACAUUGAAAACCAACAGGGUGGUUGUAAAAGUAUUAGGGAUAUCCUUGAAUGUUAAACAGAUAUCUUUAGAUGAAUUAAAGAAAUCUACUUGUAUAUUAAAGGUAUGUUCAAAUGUAAAGUUAUUAGAGAUAUCUUAAACUGGAAUUCAGAUAUUUUUAAAUGAAUUGAAUUAUAUUUCAACCACAUUAUAAAUGUCUUUAGAUGUGAAAGAGAUAUGCUAUAUAACCAGGACAAUAUGAGAUAUAUCUUUUUUACCGUGAUAUAUCUCCUAAUGUGAUAUAUAGAUAUAUAAAUUUCAGAUAUUAAAAGUUAAGUUGGCGUGCCAUAGUUUCCAGUUUGUUUACACCUCUUGUUUAACUCAUUCACCGCUAAAGACACAUUUGAACUCUUCCAAUUCCGAGGUUGGAAUAGUCCAUCAUAACAUUUCAAGGGUGAAUGAGUUAAUCAACCUGUUUGGAAAUAUCCGAUAUCGCAGGAGUAAGAAGAGUCUGGUACAGUAAAUAGUACUUUACCAUGAAGUCCAUUAUCUGAAGACAGAUAUUUUAGAAUUGUUACCAAUUCAUUUUCUGCUUGACUAAGAUAUAUCAUUUUUUCAUUCAAUCGUGUGAAUGUUUUGAUGCUUUAAUUAAAUACAAAUUGAUUAGUUUGACCAGACGGUAAACAAUUCAACACCUGAUUUUCGGGGAAAGUGUAAACGCAACCAUUUUUGUGUUCAAUUUGAGUCCUAAUAACAAUAGUUUUAGUAUAUGGCAAGUCGCAAUUGCUUGAAUAUUGCAAGAGACAUACGUAGUAUACUACGUUUAAAAGGAUAUAAAUUAGGAGAUUUAACAAAAGGUAUUUUUUCUGAAUCUUUUAUUUUCAGUUAUAUGAAAUAAUUCUUCGAUUUCGAAACUAGGCAUAUACAACCAAUUACUUAUUGUAAUCAAUAAUUAUUAAACCAGUUAUAAAAACGUUUAACCAUGUAACAAUAAAGAACGCAAUGCCCUGACCUGUGCAUGUUCGGAGAAAGAAUAGCCUGCUGUCUUCAUAACCCCGGCUGCUGCGCCCAGUAUUAAUAUAACUAUAACAAUGUAUGUUGAAUAUUAUUUAUACAAGGACUACAUAUACAACUAAUUGUUAUAUAUACUGUUAUUGUUUCAGCAAUGAAUGUUUUAGUAAAUGUUGUUAUGGUCCUAUAACACACAUUGCUAUUGAUGUCAAACUUAAUAAAGCCCGGCAGAGCUUUGUUAGCAAUACAAAUGUGUGUUAUAGGACCAUAGCAACAUUUGCUAAAUCAUUCAUUAUUUAUAUUCACAUUUUGAUAGAGUAGUUACGCUAUAUUAAGUAUUUUCGAACAGUUAAUUGAACAGGAAAUUAAAUCUUGAAAACAUUGAAAUCGAUGACGAUUGAGGACGUUACAAAAGCAAAUGAUGUUAUAGUCUGACAACAACAUUUGCCUUCUCAAUGCAUUGCAAUGGAAGGAUGCAGAGCCAAUGUAAAUAUAGGUCAAUGCUAAUGUAUGCAUCAUCAUAUUAUAGAUAUUAAUACUCUUUGACGUGCAGCAACAGACCCAGAUAAGUUGUCGUUUUGCUAUUUGAUACGCAGAAAUACCCUAAAGUGCUUUAAAACACAUCACCUUAUGUAAACCAAUCCAAAAUACAUCACCUUAUGUAAAACAAUCCAAAAUACAUCACCUUAUGUAAACCAAUCCAAAAUACAUCACCUUAUGUAAAACAAUCCA